UUCAGACGUACGGUUUCCAAGGAUACAUUUCCAUCACAUAACGACUCACCAGGUUUUAGUUAAGGUCGACUUCAGCUUGUUAAAUUAUAUUUAUUGUUAACAGUUUAAUUUGUUCGAUCGGGACUUGUUAUAUUGACUGGGAAGUAUACAGACUUGGUUUGGAAACAGUGCUAAGUUUCAUGCUACCACUGCUUAGUUUACCAGCGCAACAAAGGCGGAAGCUGCUCACGGACCAGCAUGCAGCCAGAUGGGGACAGUGGACUGAAUCUGGAAGCCCAGCUGGCACAUAAAGAAAGAGAGCAGAAGGAACUUCAAGCUGUAAGGGUUCAUCAGCUGGAGAGUUCCCUCAAAAAGGCCCAGGAGGAGUGCUCCACCCUCAGGGAACUCUACCUGCAACUGAGGGAAGAUUUCCAAUUCAACCUUGCCAUCCUGGAUGAACGAGACAAAGAGUUGGAGAAAUAUGAUGUUAUAGCUGCCAGAGCUCUGCGUGUGGAGCACAAGAGGCACGAGGGGCUAAAUCAGUUCAAUAUGCAGAUUGCCAAGCUGGAGGAGCAGAAAGCCAGAGGGGCUGAGAAGAUACAGGAGAUCAGAGCAGCUUUUGAGAGAGAGCUCAAACAGCAGGAACAUGUGUUCAACUUGAAAAUGGAUGACAUGUGUAUGUGGUUGCUGUCUCAAGGUAUCAAGGUAAAGAUGCUAUCAAAAGAGACUGAAGUUAACCGCCAGGCAAAACUGCAGGCUUUAGAGGCUUUCAAAACAUUUGAAGAGUUCUGUCAGUACAUACAAACCCAGCUGCAACACCAAGAACAGGAGAUCAAAGACCUCAUUGCUGUCAAAGACCACAGGAUAAAGGAGCUUAAUAAUGAGGUGAAGCAAAUGGAGACCAAACUGAAAAAUACGGAGGAGGACAACAUUAACAAAUAUGAGAAUGUGCUCCUGGCCCUGAAGGAGUGUAAUGCAAAACUAGAGGCUCAGUGUCACACCCACACAGAGCUGAUGCAGAAGGCUGAGGGACGCAUUGACAAAUUACAGGAGAAUAUGGAGGUUUUGACUGCACAGGUACACUUGUCACAGAAAGACCAUCAAAAGGCCAUGGAAAAGAAAGAUGAGAUAAUUCAGAGGCUUCAUAAAGAGGUAGAAACAACUCAGACUGGCUGGGACAAGCACAUCAGUCACGCUUCCAAUGAGAUGGAGGUCAAGAAAACCGAGAUGAUGAACUUGUGGGACAGGGAAUUCAAACUUAGAGCAGAGCUGGAUAGGAGCAGGGAGGAGAUGGAGAGGUACAAGCAGCAGCUUUGUGCUGGUUUGGAGAAAGAAAGGAAUUUACAACAGUUAAAAGGUGGAAAGCUGGAGUGGCAGAGAAACUGUGAGGACAUGAAGGCCGAGUUCUACCCUGCCAAUGAGAAGCAGAUACAGGAACUGACACACACUAGAGAUCAGGAUUUUAUACCAAGGGUAGAACUUCUGGCAUCUGAAGAGAUCUGCCGUUUGAAGGAGCAGAACAGCAUCCUUCGGGCUGCAGUUACUCAGAUGAGAAAGGACAUGGAAUGUUUCAACCAUCCCCUAUUCCACUCCCAGCCACAGGCAACCUAUCCUCAGUCAGUUCAGCAACCAGGAUCCCUUGCUGCCACAUCCAUCGAUCCAACAGCUAACACUCAAAUAGCCAAUGGACCACUUCCCCAUUGCCCUGACCUCUUUUCCAGAGUCAACCUAUCAGAUGGGCAGAAGGUGAAUAGAGUGGCACAUAAAGAAUCUGCUCUCUGCAACAUCAUAGAAAAGAAUGCACUGGUAGAACAGCUUCAAGAGAAAAACCUGUAUUUGCAGCAGCCACAGUUGGAAAAUGUCCAGGGUGCAAGAGACAACCCUCCUCUACUGCAUACCAGGUUGAAGCAGGCAGCAUUGUGUAUUGCCCGUCUGAGCAGCGAGAAACAGCAGCUGAUAGAGAUGGGCAACCACCUUCGUUCGCAGAUUACCACUGCUGGACUACAAGCCACCCACCUUUCAUCUCUUCCCCAUUUUCUCCGCUCAUCCCAAGCGGUCAAGGCUGAUGGCUGCCCACACUAAGUCAGGUCCUGAGAGGUUUCUUCCAGUUAAUGAGAGUUUUUUCUCUUCACAGUGACCGAAGUGCUUGAUCAUUGUGGGCACUGUUGGGUUUCUCUAUAAAUUUUAAGGUC